AACGCACACAUAAAAGUGGAGGAGCCAGUGAGCCGUGCUGUUAAUUUGGGUGAACGGGACCCAGGAGGUUCUUGGUACCACCACUUGGACUGAGGACAAAAAACAUUGUUGUUGUUUUUUUUUCUUCCACUAGCUCAGUAACAUUAACGAUGGGGUAUGCAAGCGCACUUCGGAGUGUGUCUGUGGCCCAGCUUGGCACCUUACUGCUGCAUCUCCUGCUGCUGCUGCCCAACGGGGAUGCGAGCCCCUACUUCAACCGCCUGCUGCUACACAGCCGCAUCCGAGGCAGGAGCGAGGGGGCCAACACGUGUGCCGUGCAGCAGAUUGAUGGCACGAGCAAGCGCUACUUCUCUUCGUGCAAGUCCUGGUAUCAGAAGAAGAUCUGCGGCAAGCCGACAACUGUGAGCUAUGAAUGCUGCCCUGGAUUCAUUUCGAUUGAGGGAGAGAAAGGAUGCCCCGCAAUCGCGCCGCUGUCCAACGUGUUCAGGACCCUGGAGACCGUGGACGCCACCGCCACGCAGGAAUACUCCCAGCGCGCCGAGCUACGCGGCGAGCUGGACGGGCACGCAACCGUCACCUACUUCGCCCCGCAAAACGAGGGGUGGACGGAGCUGCCCACGGAAGUCUUGGACGCGCUGGUCAGCAACGUGAACCGGGAGUUGCGGAACGCCCUCUACUACCACAUGGUAAACCGCAGGCUCCUGGCCAGUGACCUCAAGCACGGCAGCACGCUGACCUCCAUGUACGAGAAGCUCGGCGUCAUGGUCCACCACUACCCCAACGGGAUCAUCACGGUGAACUGUGCCCGCCUGCUCAAGCCCAACAACCUGGCCACAAACGGCGUGGUGCACGUGAUCGACAGGGUCAUCGCGCCGCCCUCCACAAACCUGCGCCAGAUCCUCGAGUCGGACGAUAACCUGGCCACGCUGCGGGCUGCAGUGGCAGAGGCUGGCCUCCUGGACGACCUGGAGAAGGACGGUGCCGUCACUUUCUUCGCUCCGACCAACGAGGCCUUCGAGAAGCUCCCCACUGAAGUCCUGCAGAGGAUCUUGUCCGAUCCCAUUGCACUGAAAGCCCUGCUCAACAACCACAUGGUGGACAGCCUGCAGUGCUCCGAGGCCGUGCUGAGCAACUCGAACCUCGAGACUCUGGAGGGGACGCCGCUGACGGUCGGCUGCGACGGCGACAAGCUGACGCUCAACGGCAAGGCCAUCGUCACGAAGAAGGACGUGCUCGCGCGCAACGGCGUGGUGCACCUCAUUGACGAUGUUCUCGUGCCCAACUCAGCCAAGUCCGUGUUUGAGCUGGCCGAUUCGGCCGGCGUCACGAGCUUCAUCGACAUGUUCGCCGAGGCUGGCCUCAAGGGCUCCCUGAAGCCGGGGGAGGCGUACACACUCCUCGCUCCGAAGAACGAGGCCUUCUCCGACACCACGAUCUUCGAGCUGUCCGACGACAUCGCGGAGCUGCUCAAGAACCACGUGAUCAAGGGGCAGGUCUCGCUGUACCAGCUCUACAACGGCCAGGAGCUCGAGACCCUGGGGGGGAAGAAGAUCCGCAUCUUCAUCUACAGAAAGGCAAUCUGCAUCGAAAACUCUUGCGUCUCCACCAUGGGCAAGGAGGGCCGACUGGGAAUCUUGCACGUGAUCAACAAACUCAUCCACGUCCCCGAACGCUCGUUUCUCGAGAUUCUGCAGGCAGAUCGUCGCUUCAGCACUCUGGUCGAGCUGAUAAGGACCGCGGGGCUCACGGAGAAACUCCGAAGUGCCGGUCGCCUGACUCUCUUCGCUCCAACAAACGAGGCCUUUGCUGCUCUGCCGAAGGCUGAGCUGAACAGGCUAAAGGGCAACCCCAAGGAGCUGGAAGCCCUCCUUAACUUCCACCUGGCUAGCGAGGUGCUCGUGAGCGGAGGCAUCGUCGGCGGGGCCAAAAACGUGCUGAGGACCCUGCACGGCGGCCUGCUCGAGAUCGAAAGCAGCAAAGAUGGCUCGGUUCUGGUGAACGGCAAGAAGGUGGUUGAAAGCGAUCUCAUGGCGACCAGCGGUGCCAUCCACAUCAUCAGUGGCGUCAUGACACCAACCUCUGCGACCAGCAACAAGUUUGGACUCUCCAAGAGCUCGAUUACCUCGGGGUCAACCCGCGUUGGUGGCAGGACCAAGAUUAUCGAUGGAGGAAGCACGCUGUCAAAAACAGGAACGAUGGUGAGCCGCACGACCGUGGUCGACGGAGACGGCGGGAUCUCGGAGGACACAUUCUCACAGCUCCAGUCCGGUGGGACGAGGGUUUCCAAGGUCAACAAGGUGGUCAAGCCGUCCAGCCACAAGAAGACCACGGUGAAGAAGACCAUCACGAACGCCGACGGCACCACGAGCACACAGACCUUCACGCUGGAGGGGGACGACAUCGAGGGGCAGAUCCGCAGGCUCUCACAGCCGAGCAAGUAAACCACGGGGCUCGCACGCGAACCCCGUGGCUCGCACGCGAACCCCGUGGCUCGCACGCGAACCCCGUGGCUCGCACGUGAACCCCGUGGCUCGCACGUGAACCCGUGGCUCGCACGCGAACCCCGUGGCUCGCUACGCGAACCCCGUGGCUCGCACGUGAACCCGUGGCUCGCACGUGAACCCGUGGCUCGCACGUGAACCCCGUGGCUCGCACGCGAACCCCGUGGCUCGCACGCGAACCCCGUGGCUCGCACGUGAACCCGUGGCUCGCACGUGAACCCGUGGCUCGCACGUGAACCCGUGGCUCGCACGCGAACCCCGUGGCUCGCACGUGAACCCCGUGGCUCGCACGUGAACCCCGUGGCUCGCACGUGAACCCGUGGCUCGCACGUGAACCCGUGGCUCGCACGUGAACCCGUGGCUCGCACGCGAACCCCGUGGCUCGCACGUGAACCCCGUGGCUCGCACGUGAACCCCGUGGCUCGGACGUGAACCCGUGGCUCGCACGUGAACCCGUGGCUCGCACGCGAACCCCGUGGCUCGCACGUGAACCCCGUGGCUCGCACGUGAACCCGUGGCUCGCACGUGAACCCCGUGGCUCGCACGUGAACCCCGUGGCUCGCACGUGAACCCCGUGGCUCGCACGUGAACCCCGUGGCUCGCACGUGAACCCCGGGGCUCGCACGUGAACCCCGUGGCUCGCACGUGAACCCCGUGGCUCGCACGUGAACCCCGUGGCUCGCACGUGAACCCGUGGCUCGCACGUGAACCCCGUGGCUCGCACGUGAACCCCGUGGCUCGCACGUGAUGCUGCCUUCCCAGGUGAUCGUCUGAUGGGAAAUAUUUGAAGAGCAGUUACUGGACAGCAAUUAAACACAUCUUUAAGUGUGUAAAAACAAUAGUUUCCUCAAACCAGUGCCAACAUUUUCAAAUACAGUGGAAGCUGGCUAUGAGCACACACCUUGAGAGCAUGGCUAUGUUGCUUAUAUCCAAAGUAGUUUUCUUGUGUCAGAAGGUGCCCUUUAUUUACGUAUGUACGUUGAACUUAUUUCGCACCGUACGUAGCCAACAGUGCUAACUUACCCCCACCAGUGUAAUGUAAGGAUGUGUUGCUUAUAUCAGAACCGUGCUUAUGUAAGGUGUGCUUAUAUGCAGCUUCGACUUUAUUAUGCCAACGUGCUCACAAUUUGGCGUGUCAUUGCAACAACCUGCAGCAGCGGGAUUAGUUCAGACGAGCCUGGCACAUGGUACCAUUUUGAAGGCACAGGUCACAACGUAAUAUUAUUCUUUUCUAAGUAUUUGUGUUCUAUGUUCGCAUGUGGGAGUACAUCAGCUUGUUUGGGCACGAGGCUUUUUUAUGUUUGGCUUAAAAGCAGAUGGAAAAUGUUAAUCGCGAUGGCCAUGUCUGUGUGUAGAACAAAAAAAUACUAUGGCAUUAAAUUCACACUGAAACUCCAAAGCCCAAGUUGAUGGGUUUUUUUCUGGUCACCAUCGUUUUACGUUUGGCCGUCAUUAACUGUUGGGAGUUUUUGUUGUUAAUGUUCAAAAAUGCUUUGAUUGGACUUUAAUUUGAACUAUAAGCAAUGCCACAUUAGGUAUACUUCCCAACAAAGAAUGCGGCUCCCCCCCCCCCCACGCUGUAACAUGAAAUACCUUUGUGUGUGUUUUUUGUCUCGUUAAAAAAAUCCUUGACACAUUGUGUCUGCAACUUUUCAUAAAGCCUUCGCAAAGAAUACACUAUUUAAUAAUGCGACGUCACGGCGGGGGAUAACCGUGCCCAACGUGUUUGUCAACCUCUGCACUGGAAUCUGCUCGUUCAAAUUCACUUUUCAAAGGCUCACGAUAUUCUCGGUGAGCUACGCGAUGAGUCUCGAACACACAUUUUACAAAGUGAAACAUUGUGCUUGGAAAACAUCCGUACACAUUUUCAUCGUUGUGUGAGAUUCUACAAAAGGUUAUCUGUACUUGCAGAGCGAUAUUCAAAUUGCAAAAGCUUCCCGGAACAAGCCGCUGUUAUCGUGUAUUACGCAUGAUGUCUUAACAUCUUAGAAUGUGAAUGAUUCACUCAAGACGGUUGUAAUUGCUUUCCAUUUUAGAAUAACAGGUGUAAGCUUCUAACGGCGUGUAUUGAAAUCAAGUGUUUUUGUUUUUUCGUCAUGGAAUGGAGAAAGCAUUCAACACCAAACUGAAACAUUUAAUUUGUACGUACAUUGAGCUUCUUUCGCACCGUGCGUGGCCAACCUUGCUCAUCGGAGGUGCUGGGGAAGGGCAACAAAGGAUGUUGCACAUAUGGAGAUGUUUAAACAAAGGAGAUAUAUCUGGUGGGCUGAACAUCAGAAUAAUCAUUUUGCAGUGAAAGUUUCCAUUACAGAGUGGGAAACAGAUCCUGAGCUCGAGCCAAUGCAGACGUGGGCCGACAUGCCGUGCUGUCGGACGAGUGUUCCUCCCCCUCCUUGUUAGCGUUAGAAAUGUGCUUACCCUCGCUGCCUGCAUAUUGAAACGUGUGCCACUUGACGAUUCAAAACACCUCCCCCACCUCCCCUACGCAAACGUCGCUCACAUCUGCCUCCAAUUCCACGCCGGCGAUGCCUGCGACAAAGCGUGCACAAAGCUCAGCGAAGAAACGCGUUGCCGUGCCGCCGAUCGCGACAGCGCCUUGCAACGCGUUGGCCACCCCCAUUAAAAAGGUUUGCGAGCUGCACGGUGUAACACGGCGAGCGAUAAUAUGGUAAGACGAAAUUUCACGAUGCAAUUGAAUUUGGAUAAUAGCGUCUGAAUGCGACAGCAUCUCAGGACACUCGACAAACUGAGUGGGCGUAUUUCGCCGAGUCGGACACGUUGUAUGAAUUAGGAGAGCAGGAUUUGUGUUUUUUUUUUACCAGUCGCCAAAGUGCAUGCAUGCUAAUCUCUUAAAUAUAUGAGCAAAACACUCAAUUUGGAGAAAAUAUAUACACCACCGAAAGGAUAUUUCUUUUUUUUAGGUGGUUUUCAUAUGAUGGUCAUCUCCUGUUUGCAGCCCCGGUGGAAGAUCCAAAUUCCUACGGUGGGUGAGAGUCUCAUCCCUGGACCAAACAGCGAGUUGACUCGACCACAGUUGGUGGUGGAUAUUAACCAAAGUGUCUUGUCGACACCCCCACACCCCCCCGACUCGGGAAUUGAACUCACAAACAUUAUUUGUCGAUUACGAGCCGCAAGUGCCCCAAUCGCUGUGAGUAUUGCGCGGGAUACGAACAUCCGGGCUUAAACAUUUGUUGGGUAUUCGUUAACAAAAAAGAGUGGAAGCCGCAGGUCAGCGCGUAGCAAGCAGCACCCCCCUCCCCCGCCACCCCCCCUCGUGAAUUUUCUGUCUCCGUAGCUAGUCAAUGCAUUUACCGACUAUGUAUCUGUUUUAAAAAAAAA